AUGCGUUAAAUAAUGUCUACCGAUGAACCACCAGCUAUUCUUUUACGUUGGUGUAAAGAUCGAUCUGGCAUUCGGCUUAAACCCAACUAUUUCAAAGCUUGGUACGAUGCCAGUACAAUAAAAUCAACAAGCACAACAGAGGCCCUCUAUAAUGAUCUCAUUAAUGACUUUCUUCAUAAAGAUAUAUCAGAGACUUCAGAAUCCGUGAUUGAAGAUAAUUUUGGGCAAUCAGUCGUCGAUAUCUUUCCAGCUACUCACUUACGCUCGGAUGGUGUUGUUUUGCAGAUCCAAGACACAAUCGACAUUAGUAAUUCUGCUUAUUCACUUUUGAACAAUUUAAACAACCUGGUGCCAGUACGACAUACCUAUGUUGAGCGCAGCGCCAAUGAAGAAGUCGAGUUUUCUAGAGGUAUGUUACGUUGGACGUUAACGGAUGGAACAAAGCAAAUUCAAGCAAUGGAGAUGGAAACUAUACAUGAAUUAGAUCUGAAAACACCUUUUGGUUGCAAAUUGCUUAUUAAGAAUUGUCAAGUAAGAAGAGGCAUGUUAUUACUAAACAAAAAUAACGUAAAAGUUUUGGGAGGCAAUGUCCCAGAAUUAUAUGGAGGCAAUAUGAUAAAUGAAUUAGAAAGACGAUUGAAGGCCAAACUUGGAUUACUUGUUGAAGAAGAUAAUCCACCUACAAAAUCAAAUCAUUUGAUGAUAGAAAAUCGCUCACAACCAACUAUCACACGAACUAUUCAAAGCCCUGAUCUUGUGGAUGAAAUUGAAGAUUUUGAUGACGAUGAUAUUGAUUAUAGCAUGCUUGAAGCCUUUGAAAAUAGGAUGGACGUUGAUAAAGUGGUUGAAUCAAUAGAGAAUCAUGCAUUAGCGAUACCCUCUGAUGAUCCUAUAUUGGACAAUGAUGAUUUUAUGGACCCACCUAUAUCACCACGUAGAACUGCUCAAGAGGUUUCAAUGCAAUCUCUUUCCCCAUCUAAGCGCAUGAGAACUGAAUCAGAAAUAAUGGCCUCACAAGAGGAAAGUCAAGAGCUGUCAUGGGUAGAUGCAAGUGUAUGGGAUAGUAUGAAUGAAUUAGAAAAAUGUCAAGCUAUUAUGGAAGUGGACAAAGAUGGUAAAGCACAUUGUUCUUUUGAAGUUCUUCAAAAGACUUUGAAAUCAAUGGAACAACCUAAUUAUGCAGGUCAUGUAGCUGAUACAGUCAUUGUCAAAGUGAAAUGUAUAAAGCUAGCUACAUUACGUAUGUCAACUAUUCAUGGAUUUUAUUUAGAAGUAGAAAUAGGAGAUCCUGAAGAUAAAGUGAAAGGAACUGUUAAAGUAGUUUUUAACAAUGAGAUUUUAACAAGAUUACUUGGAGUUAAGCAAAAAGAUGUAAUUGAAUUAAACAAGACAGGUGGUAAGAAGGCAGUAGCAAAACAGAUUUUUAAACCAUUUGAAACAAAAGUAAAGUCAACAUUGGCAAAGUUAGAAAUUGAUUUAACAGUGCUUGAAAGUGAAGCCUCUAAAGAAGGAUCAGAUUCCAAGUCAUUAAUGCCACUUGUCAUCGGAUAUGAACCAUGUACAUAAGCUCCUAUACCCACUCCCUCUUCCUCUCACUCACUCACUCACUCACUCA